AUGACGAGAUUAAGGCCAUCAACAAUACCCUCCAACUCCCAUACAUCAUCUAAUAAUCCAUCAUCACCAUUAACUCCUUCUACUAGUAAUCCUCUUGAAACGGGUGCACGACGUCCAACGUUUUUUGGCGAUAUUGCUAAAAGUGCCCUUUCAACUCCAACAACCACACAAGCUGGAAAAUUAAACAUUAUUGGAGCUCUCCUUUCUCAUGAUACAUUGGAUAGUGAUAACAAUUCAGAUUCUUCGUCCCGAUCUUCAUCACCCAUUCCUGUCAGAUUAAGGAAGGAUAAUGCAGCUAAUUUAACUAGGAGAAGAAGGAAAACUGAUGCUCCACUUCCAGUUCCCAUUUCAUCUUCUCCACCAACAGCGUCCUCUCCCACAACAAUUAAUACAUCAACAAAUAAUGAGGCAUUUGGCUCCAACCUCCUUAAUUUUGCAGAGUCACAAGAGGAAACCAAACGUCUAGUUGCAUCCUUACAAAGAACUGAGGAUAUAUCAAUAACUUUGGAUGAUUCGGCAAGUACUGUAAAUGUGAAUAAUAUGAUUUAUGUAAAAAUGGAUUAUGCAAAAACUCAAGUAGAGGAAAUUAUGAACAAGUUCUCAAAUGCCAAGCAAGAAUUCAAAGAAAAGACUAAGAAACUUCAAAAACAUUUCGAAAAACAAGACAAUGAAAAGAUGGCCAAGAUUCAGAGUUUCAUGGAGGAAUUCAAUGACAAAUAUAUAUCCAUGCAAAAAAGAUACCAAGAAACACUCUUAAAAAAGUAUAAGGAAAAAAUUGAAGAAUUGGGUGGAAAAGUUAAAGCAUAUGCAUCUGAAAAGGAUGAUCUAAGAGACCGACUUGUGUCAGAAACAACAAAGUAUUACGAGGACAUGAGAGUACACGUUUCUAGUUUUGAGAAAAUUAUUUCUGGAAUAGAGGCAAAGGAGAAGAAGCGAUCAGAUGAAUACAUUUUAGAACAACGUGCAGUUUGCAACAAACAAAUUGAAGGAGCUCAAGCACAAUUGACAAAAUCCAUAAGUGUACAAAAAAAGUUAUUCUUUGGAUUAGUCAAUUAUAUAAGGAAAAAAGAGAAGGAAUGUUUGAAACUAGGAAAUGAUUUGGAUGAAAGCAAAUUAAAUGCUGCAAAUCUAAAACAACAAUGUGAAAAACUACAAUCAUGUAUCAAAGAAGGAGAAAAUAGAGAAAAAGACUAUCAAGUUAUUGUAAAUAAGCAAAAAGACAAAAUAAUUGAAUUGGGAAAACGAUUGGAUUUUUAUAUAUCCAAAACAUUUUCCGAUUCAAAUGUAAAUACUGACUUAACAAUACGAGAUUUGGAAAAUCAAGAAAUGAAAUCAUCAAACAAAACGAAAGAAAAUGAAAAAAUCAGGAAACAUGCUAAAAAUCAAGCAGAUACUAUUAAGGGACUAGAGAAUCAGAAAACCUCUUUGGAAGAUAACAUCCAAAAAUUAUCGAGUGCUAUUUCUAAUUUCCAACAAGAAAUUGAAUCUUUAAAGAUGAAAAUAGAAAAGGAAAUGGAAGCCAAUAAUUCUUUGCAGGAAACUAGAAAGCAAUUAGAGGUAAAGAUAACGGAGCUAACGAGAAAGGACGCUUUAACGAAGGAUAUUUUGAAAAAUCAAAAACAAAAAAUAUCAACCUUGGAGACUCAGUUAACUUCUUCUGUACCAGCUCAAGAUGCAAAUAAUAUUUUGGACAGUUUAAGGAAAGAUGUGCAAACUGAAAGAGAGGAAAAACAACACCUUCAAACUUUGAUUAUUGAGAAGGAAUCACUUAUUAGUUCGAUAGAAACAAAAUAUGGCGAUGCGAGAGAGUUAGAAAUACUGAAAGCAGAAAUAGAAUUGAGGAAAUCUGUCGAAGAGGAAUUAAGAGAGGAGAUUGAACGGUUGAAAAAGGAUGUAGGUUUAACAAACGGAAAAUACAGAAAUCUGCUCAAUCAAUCCCAUUUUAGGCGCUUGGAGAAUAAUACAGGUACAGUCAGUUUUGAGGAAGAGAUGGACCGUCUAACUGUUGAAAACAAGCAAAUAACUGAGACAAACAAACUUCUUGAACUUCAAAUAGCAAGUUUCUCCAAGGACGUUUAUUUUGAAGAGAGCCAAAAGUUUCAACAAUUAUAUUUGGCUGAGAGAGAAAAAACGAACAAACUGUCAGCUCAAUGUAAACAGUUUGUACUAAAAAUUACAGAGCAAGAGCAAUACAUAGAAAGUUUGAGUUCAAAAUGUGAAAGAGCUUUUGAUGACAUUGCAAGAGAGAGACAACGAACUGAAGUAGCCCUCAGAUUAGUAAAAAAAGGACAUAAGGAAAAGGAGGAAUUUUUGAUUGAAAUAGAAAACCUGAAACAUCAGUUCGAAGUUGCUCUUGAUGUUUUAAGGAGAAAUCAAUUUGAACAAGAGUUUUAUAGAAUGCUAAAGAAGAGCACUUUAAUUAAAGGAAUCUUGUAA